AUGUUCUGCUUUCUCCCGGGCCGCGACUCAGAGCUCAGAGACACCAGCCUGCGGCUCCCUGGUGACCUGUCCAAGGUGCUGAUGUGCCGCUUUCCCUACUGCUAUGGAGAUGCCCAGGACCUGGCCGAGCUGUUGUUCACAGGUCAGCCAGAGCCCCCUGGGCUCUGCCCUGAAGGCCUGAGUACAGGACACCUCACUGACAUCCAGGAGAAGUCCCUACACUUUCUCAAGUCCCUGAAGCAGGACCAGCAGAUGCAGGGGCAGGCGCUGGCCCUCUUGCGGCAGCGGGCGAAGCUGGAGGCCUGGGAGACGCAGAAGGCCCUGGAUGAGCUACUCUUCCGACACCGACUGGAGAGCUGGGAAGGCCUGACCAAACUGCAUCCUGGCAGCCCCUGGCCAAGCCCUGCCCUCCAGACAACUCCACCCACCAGGUGUCUGGGGAGCAAGGGGGACAAAGCCACGCUGGCCACCCUGGUGAAGAAGCAGCAGCAAGCACUCAGCAUGUUUGAGAAGGAGCAGAGGGAGAUUCAGCAUCUGCAGAACUUGCACCUGUUCAUGCACCGAGACAGGAAACUGCUCCUGCAGCAGCAGAAGGACGUCCUCUUAGCACAGAAUUCCGAGGCCCACCUGCAAGAGCUGCCGCAGGGCUCUGACACACACAGUGUUCUUCCCCACCCCAUGUCACUGAUGCAGGUUGAGGAGGUGGAAGGGAGAGUGUCCGCAGCCCAGUGUGGGUCUCGGAAUGUGAAGGAGCCACACCCAGGAGAACCUCUGGCUAAACCCAGUUCCUCCACAGCAGAGAAGACCCGGGCUUACACCAACAGCCACAAGCAGAGCUUCUGGGGACACAGCCAGCACUCCCAGGGUAAAGAUGGUCCUUGUAGCACCUCGGAAACCACGAUGGCUGAAGGCAGCAUGAGCCAAGAGAGGUUGGAAAUGGGGCUGGACCUGGCCAGGAGCCCCAUGGAGGAGCCCCAGGAAAUAGAGGACCGGCAGUCAGAGGAGCAGAGUCAAGGGUUAUCCAAGACCAGUUGUGACAUCAAGGAGUUCCAGAAAGCCACUGCCACACUGGUCCAGCUUUCUGAGAGCUCCAUCUCCCUGUCCAGUGCAGAAGACGAAGACAUCCUAGACAAAGACCUCCACUGGUCCAGAGAGUUCUCGGCUCAGAACUCCUGGGAGGAACUGGGCCUGCCUCCCCAGGGGGGCGCGGGCGGCGCGGCGCGGCUGUACCGCGCGGGCGAGGACGCCGUGUGGGUGCUGGACAGCGGCAGCGUGCGCGGGGCCACGGCCAACAGCUCGGCCGCGUGGCUCGUGCAGUUCUAUUCGUCGUGGUGCGGUCACUGCAUCGGCUACGCGCCCACCUGGCGAGCCCUGGCCGGGGACGUGCGAGACUGGGCCAGCGCCAUCCGCAUCGCUGCUCUGGACUGUGCAGAGGAGAAGAAUCAAGCAGUGUGCCGUGCCUAUGACAUCCACUUCUACCCCACCUUCAGGUAUUUUAAAGCAUUUACAAAGGAGUUUACAACUGGAGAAAAUUUUAAAGGACCCGACAGAGAACUGCGGACAGUCAGGCAGACGAUGAUUGACUUCCUGCAGAACCACACAGAAGGAAACAGGCCCCCAGCAUGCCCGCCUCUGGAGCCUAUUCCGUCCCAGAACGUUCUUUCUCUCAUUGACAACCAUGGUGGUCGUUAUGUGGCUGUUCUGAUCGAAAGCAACAGCUCCUACCUUGGACGAGAGGUGAUCUUGGACUUGAUUCCAUAUGAGAACAUCGAGGUGACCCGGGCCCUGAAUGGAGACAAAGCACUUCUGGAAAAGCUGGGCGUUUCUUCAGUUCCUUCAUGUUACUUGAUUCACCCAAAUGGGUCGCAUGGACUAGUUAAGAUUGCAAAGCCCUUCCGAGCAUUUUUCUCCUCUUACUUGAAGUCUUUGCCAGACGUGAGGAAAAAAUCACUCUCCUUGCCUGAAAAGCCAAACACAGAAGAAAAAGAGGAAAUUGUGACUUGGAGAGAAUUUGACAAGUCCAGGCUGUACACAGCAGACCUGGAGUCGGGGCUGCACUGCCUCCUGCGGGUGGAACUGGCCGCCCACAAGUCCCUGGCUGGUGCGGAGCUGAAGACGCUUAAGGACUUUGUCACUGUCCUCGCCAAGUUGUUCCCUGGCCGGCCGCCAGUCAGGAAGCUGUUGGAGAUGCUGCAGGAGUGGCUGGCCAGCCUCCCCCUGGACAGGAUCCCCUACAAUGCCGUGCUCGACCUGGUCAACAACAAGAUGCGGAUUGCUGGAAUAUUCCUCACUAAUCAAAUAAAGUGGGUUGGGUGUCAAGGAAGCCGGUCUGAGUUGAGGGGUUACCCAUGUUCUCUCUGGAAAUUAUUCCACACUCUGACUGUUCAAGCCUCAACCCAUCCCAACGCACUGAUUGGAACAGGUUUCGAGGAUGACCCCCAGGCCGUGCUGCAGACCCUGAGGCGGUACAUUCGCACCUUCUUUGGGUGUAAGGAGUGUGGCGAGCACUUCGAGGAAAUGGCUAAAGAAUCCAUGGAUUCGGUGAAAACCCCAGACCAAGCAGUUCUCUGGCUUUGGAAGAAGCAUAACGUAGUAAACAGUCGCCUGGCAGGCCAUCUGAGUGAGGAUCCCAAGUUUCCAAAGGUUCCGUGGCCCACUCCAGACCUCUGCCCAGCCUGCCAUGAGGAAAUCAAGGGCUUGGACAGCUGGGACGAGGGCCAGGUGCUUACCUUCCUGAAGCAGCACUACAGCAGCAACAAUCUCCUGGACACGUACUCGGUGGACUCAGCCGACACUGGUGAGGGAGCAGCCCCAGCCAGGGACGAGGAGGAGAGAGGACUCACACCCCCAGGGAAGGCCCUUGGAGGCCAGGAUGCCGAGAGUAUCCACCCGCCCAGCGCGAUGGGCCCCAGGCUCCACCUGUCAGAGAACUGGCACCAGCGACUAGAUGUGCGACUCCAGAGCCCGCGGGGGUCCGCCAUCCGCCAGGAGGCCGAGGCGGCUGUGCCCUUUCUGGGGGCCGGCUUCUCCAGCCUGGACAUGAGCCUCUGCGUUGUGCUGUAUGUGGCCUCGUCCUUGUUCCUGAUGGUGAUGUACUUCUUCUUCCGCAUGAGGUCUAAGCGCUGGAAGGUCAAGUAUCACCACCCAGCUGUGUAG